GACGCUUUGAACUGCAUCACCUGACGACUGAAGUUCACCGCAUUCCACUGUUCUCGUCUUUGUUGUAAGGUUGUUUACAUUUCGUAAGCCCACAGGUGAUUGGUUUUCGCAAAAUGAAGUAAUUCUAUCGUUUGUACUAGCAUCUGAUUCAGGCGCCACCGUCGAUUCUGGCGGCAGGUGGAGACAGAGAGAUUCGUUACAUUCUUCAAUUUCUGUGAUAACAACCGGCAACUCAGCUGAGAAAAUUCAGUAAACAAUUGCAUUGUUUAUCGAGAUGACGGGGGACGCGGAACUGAAUGAAUUGAGGGCGAAAAAGGAUGAGUUGAUUAAGAAAGUGUUGAAGAUGCGAGAUGAAUUGGAGCGGAAGAACAAUCAGAAGACGGUUAUUCUAGGAGACGAUAUUCGAGAGAGAUUAUCAAAAGAUGCUUUUCCAAUUGCAUUGCCAAAGGACUCAAACGACGAAGAAAAAUUCAUAGUAAGAUUAGUGGAUGCAACUCAACAAGCAACUGGAAUAUUUUUCCAGAAUGUCGACAAGAAGUGGCUGCGGGACAAUGUCUGGAAUUAUACCUCAAAAGUAGUUAUGAAAAUCCUAAAAUUCAAUUUGGAAUUGACUGUGGACUUGAAGGAUGGAGAGGACAAUGAAAUCCUGGACAUCACCUGUCGGUUCGUUAAAGUUGUUGAUUGCCAUCUGCAGGAGAUAACUCCCUGGGUGACUGAGUUCACGAGAGCUAAGAAGAUGACUUAUUUGAUGUCUGCUUUUAGCGAAUACAACGAUCAAUCCAUAGUACGUCAGAAGAUUCUCGAUAAGCUGAAGUCUCAGAAAUUCAUAACAAUCGACAAACAUGGAACUGGUGGCUAUGUAAUUCACAUUCACUGUCCAACAUCCUCAAGAAAGCAAUACGCUGAUUUCCUAUGGACGACGGAGUUCAAUCACAAGACGAGAGCAAUUGAUCAUUGUUUCAAAAUAGAUGGAAUAGACAGUGACUUUGUGAAAGAGAAUCAGGAGUUGCUAGAGGACUUCUGCCAGAAGGGGUUGAAAAAGGAGGACCUGGAGGCCCUCUGGAGUGAGCUCUGCACAGCUGUCAACGCAGGCAAACAUUGAGUGCCCAUCUAUUCUAGACUCAAAAUGCCGUAUCUACACUUUUCAUCAUCAAAUUCAACUAAUAUUGAGUUUAUGAUAAGAGGAGUGGGGGUAGAGUUGAAGUGGAGAAUAAUGUCUAGGCUCCAGGCUACCUCUCCCCAGUGGCGCAAUUGGUUAGCGCACGGUACUUAUAAGACAGUAAUUACGUGAGCAAUGCCGGGGUUGUGAGUUCGAGCCUCACCUGGGGAAUAUUUUUUUCAAGAUUUCAGUUCGUACUGUUUUUUUUAUUUAAAAAUAUUUUCCCUGUGUUCGGCAGAAGCCAACUGAUCAUAUCGUCCCGGAAUUUCUCACUAUCCCAGCUUUCAUCAAAUUCCUACGUCACUGGGCAUCUUUUCUGAAUUGAAGUAUUAUCUAUUUUAUCUAAAGAAGCAAAAAAAAAGAAUAAGAAUAAUGAGUGAUAAUGAAUAUUGUCGAUGAUAAUAAACGAAAACAGCUGAUUCAGUGGUUCGUUAAAGUACU